AUGAAGCAGUUCUAUGUGUUAUUCGCCGUCCUGGCCGUGGCCGCCGCCGCCCCACCACCGUCCGAAGCCGACGGAAUUCUCACCACCGCCCUGAAGUUCGUGCGGGACUGCGGUGAAAAGUCGAUCGUUCUGUGCGCCAAGGAGCGCGCACUGAACCUGGACUGGAACCAGAACUUCCAGAUCGUCGAUGGCAUCACCGUGAAGCAGUCGGAGAACGCCGAGGCCGUCCCGAAGGGCCGCUCGCUGAACGAGGUGUCGCUGCCGGCCGAUCCGGAGGCCCGCGAAGCCGAGAUCGAUGGACUGCUCGUUGACCGGGCCGCCCGCUUCCUCGAGACGCACACCCUGGAGUUCAAGGUACCGAAGGACUCGAUCGAGGACAUGCAGCGCUCGCUGGAUGAAGCCCGUGGCAAGAAGAAGAAGGUCAAGAAGCUGCUCCUUCCGCUGCUGCUCCUCCUCAAGCUGAAGGCCGCCGCUCUGCUCCCGCUGGCCCUCGGUGCACUCGCCCUGAUCGCGUUCAAGGCUCUGAUCGUCGGCAAGAUCGCCCUCAUCCUGUCGGCCAUCAUUGCCCUCAAGAAGCUGUUCGACAAGAAGGGUGACCAGAGCUACGAAGUCGUCGCCCACCCGCACUACUCGCACUCCACCUCGUACGACGACCACCACGGGUACGCCCGCUCGCUGGACGCCCAGAACCUGGCCUACGCCGCUCACGCUCAGUAA